AUGAAGAGCUUCCCAACUAACACCUCAGGUACCAGCAGCUUCAUACUAACUGGCUUCCCCGAGAUGGAGAGUCUGGAGCACUGGCUGACUGUCCUCCUGCUGCUCCUUCAUGUUAUCACCAUUGUAGGCAACACCCUGAUUCUCUUCAUCAUAAACGAGGAACAGAGCUUGCACAAGCCCAUGUACUACUUUCUGUCUUUACUAUCCAUCAAUGGCCUGGGGGUGUCCUUUUCCACACUGUCCACUGUGCUAGUUUCCAUGUGUUUUCAUGUCCCAGAGACUGUCUUUGAUGCUUGCCUGGCCCAGAUGUUCUUCAUCCAUUUUUUCUCCUGGACAAAGUCUGGAAUCCUACUGGCUAUGAGUUUUGACCGCGACGUGGCCAUCUGUGACCCUUUGCAGUAUUCCUCAGUGCUCACUGAUGCUCUCGUGGCCCAUUUGGGCAUAUCCAUCAUCUGCAGCUUCUGCGUGGUGUUCCCACUUCCUUUCCUCCUGAAGAGGCUGCCUUUUUGCAAAGUGAAUGUUCUGACCCAUUCCUACUGCUUAUACCCAGACCUGAUCUGCCUGCCCUGUGGAGAUACCACCAUCUACAGCAUGUAUGCACUUUUCAUUAUUGUCUCUGCCUUUGGUGUAUAUUCAGGGCUUAUCCUUCUCUCCUAUGUGCUCAUUCUUGACUCUGGGCUGGCCAUUGCCUCCAGAGAGGAGAGGCUUAAGACACUUAACACAUGUGUGCCCCAUAUCUGUGCUGUGCUCAUCUUCUAUGUGCCCAUGAUUAGUGUGUCAAUGGUCCACCAAUGUGUGAAGCAUGCCCCAGAGUAUGUACAUAAGUUCACAUCCCUGGUCUAUAUCUUCAUGCCUCCAAUGUUCAACCCCAUCAUCUAUUCCAUCAAGACAAAGGAGAUUAGCCGGAGGUUACAUAAGGUGUUAUAA